AUGGGCGUCUUCGACAAGCUCAAUGAUGCGGUCGGGGAGUCGGCCAUCGGCCGCUUCUUCAUGCUCAAGGAGCGCAACACCUACUUCACCCAGGAGAUCCGCGGAGGCUCGGUGACCUUCCUGACGGUGGCUUACAUCCUGGCCGUCAACAGCGCCAUCCUCACCGACACCGGCGGCAUGUGCGUGGUGGACGGCACCUGCGACAUCGGCGCCCCCCCCGCCUUCCAGUCUGACGCCUGCCAGAGCUGCAUCACAGACCUGCGCUCCUCCCUCAUCGCCGCCACCGCAGCCGCCUGCGUGUGCUCCCACUUCCUCAUGGGCAUGCUGGGCAACCUGCCGCUGGCCAUCUGCCCCGCCAUGGGCCUCAACGCCUACUUCGCAUACACCGUCGUCGGCUUCAUGGGCACCGGCCGCGUGACCUUCAACGCCGCCCUGUCCGCCGUGUUUGUGGAGGGCUUUAUCUUCAUCAUCAUCACCCUGCUGGGCGUGCGGUCCAAGCUGGUGGAGCUGAUCCCGCGCUCCGUCAUGCUGGCCACCUCCGCCGGCAUCGGCCUCUUCCUCGCCUUCAUCGGCAUGCAGUCGUCGAAGGGCAUCGGCGUGUCCACCUACAACUCCGCCACCCUCGUCUCCCUGGGAGGCUGCGACCCCGCCAACCGCGUGCGCCAGUACACCAUCCCCGACUCCGCGCUGGAAGACCCCGGGUCCGCCGACUCCAUCUGCGUGCUGGACCCCGCCACCAACUCGGUGUCCACCAACGGAGGCAUCCUGGUGCCCUCGGGCACCUACGCCUGCCUGUCCGCCGGCGUCAUGCGCUCCGCCACCAUGUGGCUGGGUAUCGCGGGUGGCAUGAUCAUGGCCACGCUCAUGGCCAAGAACGUCAAGGGCGCCAUCAUCGUGGGCCUCCUGUUUGUGACCUUCAUCUCCUGGAUCCCCUCUGAUGGCAACAAGGCCCGCUACAUCGAGAAGCCCAACGGCUGCCAGCCCACCGGCGUCAACUCCAACACCGGCGAGCCGUGCGUGUACACCUCUGAGAUGCGGCGCUGGGACUACUUCAAGAAGGUGGUGUCGGUGCCCAGCACCAGCCAGACCGCCGGCAAGUUUGACUUCAGCGGCUUCAAGGACGGCGACCUCUGGGUGGCCCUCAUCACCUUCCUGUACGUCGACUUCCUGGACGCCACCGGCACCUUCUAUUCCAUGGCCAACUUCAUGUCCAACUUCAUCCCCAACUUUGUGGACCAGAAGAGGAAGCGGUUCCCCCGCCAGACCACCGCCUUCCUUGUGGAUGGUGCCUCCAUUUCCAUCGGCGCGUGCCUGGGCACAUCCCCGCUCACCGCCUUCAUCGAGUCGGCGUCUGGCAUCCGCGAGGGCGCGCGCACCGGCAUCGCCGCCCUGACCAUCUCCUUCUACUUCCUCAUCUCCCUCUUCUUCUCCCCCCUCCUGGCCACCGUGCCGCCAUACGCCACCGGCCCCGCGCUGAUCCUGUGCGGCGCGCUCAUGAUCAUCAACAUCCUGAAGAUCCGGUGGGAGAAUGUGCAGGAGGCUGUGCCCGCCUUCCUCACCAUGAUCACCAUGCCAUUCACCUACUCGGUGGCCUACGGCUUCAUCGCCGGCAUCUUUGGCUGGAUCAUCAUCAACGGCUCCGUCUUCAUCAUGAACUUCAUCCAGGCCUACUUCUUCCCCAAGAGCGACGACCCCACGCUCAAGCGGUCCGGCACCUGGAAGAUUGCGCGCCAGAUGACUUUCCACCUGAUCGACGACGAGGAGGAGGACAGCGAGGGCACCCCCAAGGAGGGGUUCACCGCCGCCGCCGCCGCCGACGUCGUGGAGGAGGUGGAGCCUGCCGCCGCCAAGGUGUAA